UUUACUGCUUUACCUCGCUCCGUUAAACGUGCUCAUUUCUAAAGGCCAAGGGCGUCAAGUCCGGCGCACGCGAAGAGGGCACACGGCUCUCCCAGCACGAUCAGCUGGUAACGCGCAGGGAGGCUGGCGGAGCACCGGCCGGGCCGGGGCAGGCCUUCCCUUCGAGCGCUCCUCGGGGCUGCGCUGGCGAGCGGCAUCUCUGCCGCCCCCGGGGCGGGCGUGCUAAACGACAGAGGAGGAAGCGCAGAGGGGAGAGGGAGCUGCCGAGACAACAGACUUCGGCAAGUCCUGAAUAUUUCUAUAAUCCUCUGAUAAUCAUGGAGCCAUAUUUCGCUGGUUUUAAUCACGUGCAGCGGGACUAUGAAGUUACUCUUGAACUCACAAGUGAGGAGACUCAAAAAACUAGAAAUGCACAAAAUUCAAGGACAGGAUCUUAUGGUGUCAGUAUUAGAGUCCAAGGAAUUGAUGGACAUCCUUAUAUAGUGCUAAACAAUACAGAAGGAUGUUUGUCAGAAAAUCCUCCUCCUGGAAAAGAACAGCACGUCAUUUCUCAAACUGUAAGCAAGCCAGCCACAGACUCCAAUACUGCUUUUAAGUUGGAGGACAGAAACAGUGAACACACAAAGUUUUCUGGAACACAGCACAUGCAACCCUGUAAAAGCCUAAAGAUAACUAAUCUGGAUGAGGAGGAAAAUGGAAUAUCAGAUUUCAAAGAUGAGACAAUAAAAUCCUCAAUUUUGUUGAACUUUCAAAGACACCCUGAAAUUUUAAAGCCUUAUGAUCCUGAAAAAAAUAACUUGAACUUGGAUAGUUGCCAGUCUUCAGUGUGCAGUAAAUCUAAAUCUUUUACAGAUGAAAAAACUGAAGGAAAGCCUUGGAUUUCCUCAUCUAAAGUAGUGUCCCUACAGAAAACAAAUACAUAUCUUUCAGAGCCAACCAAAGCAAAUUCAAAAAAGAUACAACUGAACAGGUCAGUAGAAGACCAAAAUAAGCAGCUGUUGGAUUGUCCCAGUAGCACAGUCCGUCCUAAUGAAGUGUGUGUUUUAGAAUCAUUUUCAUCUACAGGAGGAUCCCCAUGUGUUAGUCCUACUGCUUAUCCAGAGACAAGAAAACUUAGACCAGAUGUUCUUCCCUUCCGCAGACAGGAUUCAGCUGGGCCAGUAUUGGAUAAUUCACGGAGAUCAUCAUCCUCAUCAGCUACUCCCACUUCUGCAAAUUCCUUAUACAGGUUUUUACUUGAUGACCAAGAAUAUGCCAUCUAUGCAGACAAUGUUAAUCGUCAUGAAAACAGAAGAUAUAUCCCAUUUUUGCCUGGAACUGGUCGCGAUAUUGACACUGGUUCACUUCCAGGAGUAGAUCAGCUAAUUGAAAAGUUUGAUAAGAAAGCUGAUCCUCACAGGAGAGGUAGGUCAGGAAAAAGGAACAGAAUUAAUCCAGAUGAUCGUAAAAGAUCAAGAAGUGUUGAUAGUGCCUUGUCAUUAGGGCUUGAUGUAAAUUCAGAUUAUUUAGGUGAAUUCAGUAAAAGUUUGGGUAAGUCAGCAGAGCAUUUGCUGAGACCAUCUAAAGUUUGCCUUCACAAGCAGUUAUCCAGAGAUCAAAAGUUACCUUCCAAAGAGAUGAAGAUUUCUGCUCGCAGUAUUGAAAAACUGCAGAUUCCUGAUAAAGACACUCAGAACAGCAGUUUCAAUUCUUUGCAAUACCAUAAAGAAAAUGGAACUGAUACUGAGAGCUUGGUCUUUAGGUCAUCUACACUUCCAGGACAGAAGAAAACCGAGGAAGUUAGAACAGUAACUUCUACUUUGUUGUUGCCAAACAGGAUCACAGUUCCACCUGAUUCAGGAGCCAAGAAGAUUGCUGUAAAAACGUUUUCAUCUGUCCAUAAUAUACAGGCAACUCCCGAUCUCUUAAAAGGCCAGCAAGAUCUUGCACAGCAAACGAAUGAAGAGACUGCUAAACAGAUACUUUACAAUUACCUUAAGGAAGGAAGUGGUGAUAAUGACGAUGCUACAAAGAGGAAAGUCAACUUGGUUUUUGAGAAAAUUCAGACUUUAAAGUCAAGAGCUGCUGGAAAGACACAGGUUUCAGAUUCUUCAACUGAAGUAAAAGCAUUGGUGGAACAAAAAGCAGAACUUGAAAGGAAAGUGGAAGAAUUAGAGAAAAAACUGGAUCUAGAAAUAAGGAAUCAGCAAAACUGCAAAGAAGAGAGAGAUGCCACACGAGCAAGCCUGAAAGAUCUACAGUUGCAACUUGAUGAAAGUAUAUGUGAAAAAGAAGCCUUAAAAAAGCAACUGGAAGAAAAUGAGAAGGAACUCAGGGAAAACCUGGAGGAGCUUUUUGAAGUGAAGAUGGAGCAGGAAAAACACCAGACUGAGAUCAGAGAUCUUCAAGACCAACUCUCUGAGAUGCAUGAUGAACUGGAUAACGCAAAACAUACUGAUGAAGGGGAGAAAGAAGUUCUGAUUGAGGUUAGUUAUAAAGAGCUGAUGCAAAUGAAGCAGGAUCUGGAAGAAGUAUUAAUAGCGAAAGAUCAACAAGAAGAGAUUUUGAGAAAGAGAGAGCGAGAGCUUACAGCUUUAAAAGGAGCACUAAAAGAAGAAGUAUCUAGCCAUGACAUGGAGAUGGAUAAACUUAAAGAGCAACAUGAUAAAGAAUUGCUCAAUCUACAGCAAAGCCUGGAAAAAGCAACAGAGAGUGCUGCUGUCCUUGCCAGUGAAAGAAAUGCUGCACAAGAGAUGCGAAAUAGUAUAGAAAAUCAAGUCAAAGAGCUGAGUGAGGAAAAUGAACAAUUGAAGAGAACAGUUGACGAACUAGAGAGUAAAAUUGAAGAGUUGCACAAGCAAAUUGAUAAUAUGAAAGGAGAAGAAAAUUCAGUGAAGGAAAAAAUAAAGAGCUAUGAGGAAGAGAAAGAGCAAUUAGAAGAAGCUUUGAGAAAUGCUGAAAAGGAAGCAAAAGAACUGCUAGUGCUAAAAAGGUCUCUGGAAAGCCAACUGGGAGAGAUGCAGGAGAACAUCCAUUAUAUUUCACAAGAAAGGCAACAGUUAACUCAGCAGUUAAAAGAUGAAACUCACCAGAAGGAAUACUUAAAGCAGAUAAAGAAUGAAAUGGAGAAUGAACAACAGCAACUGAACCAGACUGUUGAGAAGUUACAGAAGGAGAUGUCUGAAAUGGUAGAGGUCUCAAGAACAUCAACUCUGGAGCUUCAGAAUCAGCUUGAUGAAUACAAGGAGAAAAAUCGCAGGGAACUUGCAGACAUGCAGAGACAAUUAAAGGAGAAAAACAUUGAAGUAGAAAAGUCACGCCUGACAACGAUGAGAUUACAAGAUGAGAUGCGUCUUAUGGAGGAAAACUUGAGAGACCACCAGAGAGCUCAAGAUGAGGCAAUAACAAAAACUCAGUUGUUAGAACAAACUGUGAAAACUUUGGAAUAUGAACUGGAAGCCAAAAACCACUUAAAAGACGAUCGGGCAAGACAAAUCAAACUAAUGGAGGACAAGUUAUCUCACCUGGAACUUGAGCUUGAUGAAGAAAAGACUAAUUCAGAUUUGUUGUCUGAAAGGAUUAGUAGAUGCAGAGAACAGAUUGAACAAAUGAGGACAGAGCUACUUCAGGAAAGAGCUAUAAAGCAAGAUUUGGAGUGUGACAAAUUAUCAUUGGAAAGACAGAACAAAGACUUGAAGAGCCGAAUCCUUCACCUGGAGGGUUCUUACCGGUCCAGUAAAGAGGGACUUGUUGCUCAGAUGGAAGCAAGGAUCACAGAGCUGGAGGAACGACUUGAAAAUGAAGAGAGGGAUAGAGCUAAUUUCCAACUAAGUAACCGCAGACUUGAGAGAAAAGUGAAGGAGUUAAUGUUACAAGUAGAUGAUGAACACCUCUCGUUGACUGAUCAAAAGGACCAGUUGAGUUUGAGGUUGAAAGCAAUGAAACGUCAAGUUGAAGAAGCUGAAGAGGAAAUAGACAGACUGGAAAGUGCUAAAAAGAAACUCCAGAGAGACCUGGAAGAGCAGCUAGACAUGAAUGAACAAUUGCAAGGACAACUUAAUGCUGCAAAGAAGGAAUUAAGUAGACUGAAGAAAUCAACGAGUAAAGUGUUGGCUGAUUCUGAUGAUGAUGACGAUGAUGAUUUCAGCACGGAUGGUGAUAGUCUCUGUGAAGUACCUUCAGGAAAUAACUUUUCAAAAGAUGAUGACACAAAAAUCUAAAUGUGUUGAAUCUGUGAUUCCUUGAAAGUACUGGAAGAAUAACAUCAGUUAUCAAGAAACUGGAUAUUCUAGAAGCCAGAUCACAUAAAGGGAUUUAAAGCUGGGAAUACAAUGUUUCCAUACAUGCUGUGCCAUUUUUUUAUUUAGAACUCCGCUGUUUAUUACAGAAAAAGGAUUGCAUUAUAAAACAGCUAUAACCCACACACACACAAAUAGAUAUAUAUAUAGUGCUACUGAAAAUACAGGGAUAAUGUUUCACGUUGGAAAUGUGAUUUUGCUAAAAUCUUGUUUAAGUUAAAAAGCAUUUGAAAGUAUUUAAAAAUUAGUUUGUGGUUAUUAAAAGCUUUUUCCUAAAAUUAAGGAAACCACAGGAGAUUAUUUAAGAAUUGUAAUUAUGGGGAAAUUAUGUAUAAAAUGUAAAUAUUUAAACCUGAUCUUUUUAUUGACUACUUUAGUACCAUUUUGUAAAGUUUCAAAUAUUAUAUAAAUCAAUUUCCUAUGUAAAGAACUUAAAUUUAUACUGAAUGCUAUAUUUGGGGGUUGACUAAGUAAAAAAAAAAAAAAAAAAAAAAAAGAGAACAAAUGAAAAGGAGUACCUUUUGCACAUUACAGAGCAGAUUCACAGUUCCUGAGCCAGGAAGUAUGUUCCCACUUUAAAACCAGUGCAAGUGUAUGUAUUCAGUGUAUUAAAGAUCAAAUGUUAAUCCUGCCUGUUGACUUCAAAAGGACUCAUCACAACUGCAUAACAACUGAGACUUGUCUACAACUUUCUUCUAAGCUUCAUUUGGGAAGCCUUCUGUUCUUAGUAGGGAAGAGUAAGAAUGAGGUUAGUUAUUACUUGGCCUGUCUGACUUCCUGAAAGCAGAACAUUAUAGGCCUGUUGAUUUGAGAGCGUCAGGACAGGCUUAUCUUAAGAGUCCCUCAGGAGUCUGACUUGUUCCUGUAAAAUUACUCAUGGUCUUUGAAAUAAGUAUAUGCUUAAAUCUCUUUGUUAACUGAUAGCAGUAUUUUAUGCACCUGGCAGGAAAUUGCAUCAAGGAAACACAAAGCAUGCAAUCUAAGCAGUUCUUGAGUGUCUAAUUGUGCUAUAUUGCAGUGUAUAGUCAGAUAUGCAGAUAUAUGUUAGUAUUUCAGUUUACAGGCAUUUUGGGUGAUCCAUCUGUUCAACAAAUUGUGGAAGAAAUUUGAAAGAAAAAAAAUAGGUAUUGUAGAUGUUGAUUUAAAAGCAUUUUCCAUUGUAUUGCUGAGAAUAUCUUUUUUCCAUUUAUAUUAUAGCAGAAUGUUUUUUCUCCUUUGAAAAUCUAGAAUUCUAAGGAAAGGGAACUGCUACAUAAUUUUGUUAAUAAACCAUAGCUAAUUCCUCUCUGAUUAUUAGUAUUUGCCCUUAGUUACAGAUCAGUGAGCAUUUGUUUGUUGAAUGGACCAAAUAAUAGUACAAUGUAAUAAUAAAAAAUCCUUUAACCUGAAGUUGCUGGGAACCUCCAUUGCUCCCACAGAGGCAUCUUCUGAAGAGGACAAGUUUUAACGACUCUGAAAGCGAGACUGAUAGACACUGACAAUGGCAGUGUCCAUUUUCAUACCAUUCUAUGAAAUAAACUUCUUCCUGCAGGAUCAGAAAUCUCUUCAUGCAUAGCACAUUGCAGACUCUUUUGCUGUAUAGUUCCAUGCAAUUUGAUUUUGAUGGUUUGAUUUAUAUGGGAAAUAAUAUGAAUGACAUAGCUGUAAUACGAUGUCUCUGAAACUUUUAUCUUUUCAAGUAACAUACAUCAUAUCUUUUUGCAGUACUAGAUUUACUAUUUUGACAACAUAGAUCAGUCUUUCCUACAAGAAAAUCUGCAUAUACUGUACUGACAAUCAUCAUAUAACCUGCUGUAAUUUAUUUUUGUUAUUUCAUUUGCAUGUUUAUGAAGGCUUAACUUUAAACAACUGUUUCCAAUCUCCAGUACUCUGUCCUAAAUUUCAUAGAUGACUAAUAUUUCAAACCACUGGAAGAAAAUCAUUUAAUAUUGCAUCUACCUCCAGUUAUACUAAACUAUAAAGGAAAAAAAUAACUUCAAAUAAACAGACAGUGCUUUCAGUUCUGUUUUGUAUGUGCACAUAGCCUGAUAUGACAACUGAAUUUCUUGUGGCAGACGUGCAUGCUUAGAAUCUAAAAGGAAAUAAUUAUCUGGGAAAUAGUGAUGCUGUAAACAUGUUUUUGGAUUUUCUACUUUCUAAAUAACUACUUUGUAACUGGUAAAGCAGGUGGCAGAUGUAGUAGAAGACUCCUUUUCUCAUUUGAACGUAGGAUUGUUAGAAAGAGGGAGAUGUACUGUUGCAGACACCUAGUGGGAGAGAUCCUACAUGUUAGACUUUUCCCUGUCUCUUCAUAAAAAGAGAACAGGUCUUUGGUUUGUUCAUUUAGACUUGGAAAUGGCAUGUCGUCUUUAGAGUUCUCAGAUGAUAUGACUAAAAAUCAAAGAUGUUGAAAAAGCUAUUUCAACUCAUUCACAAAACUCAGUAGCUCUGUUUCUCGAUAUGUGCUAGCUACGGUGAAGGCAGGGUCUAGAUCUUAAUUGCCACGAAGAAAGUAUUAUCAGUGUUUUAAGAACAUCUCAUCUGUUUGCUUAGUGUCAUGGUAGUUUUCCAUCAAAACUCAUCUUAAGUCAAAGUUCAGCUUAGAAAAAUUUUCCUGGUAUUUCCAUGUAAUCUAUUUUUAAAUUAGUUUCUUCUUUAAAUGAAUCUUUAAAUGAAUUAAAAGAAGCUUUUGACCCAUAAAAGGAAGCAAGAGAGAGAAGCAAGAGAGAGAACACAUGAAGAAACAUAAUUGUGAGACAUUCAGUCCCUAGAACUUUGUGUAAACAUCAGAGUUUCUGGUUUAUUUCAGAGACACAGCUUGAAUUCUGAGCUGUAGAGACAUUCAGGUUUUUUUGACAAUACUGUAAUGUCUCAUAAAUAAAUAGACCCAAGCAAAAUCACUUUUGGUACAAGCCUAACUUUAUGACUUAGUGGAUGCUUCUCUCUCAAUGUAAGUAAUCAAAGAUGAGCAACAAACUUUUUGUUCUCUCUGGGAUUAGAGACCUUUGAUAUUCCAUUUUUAUGUAGUGAGAGAUUUUCUGCAAAAUCAGUAUUUCUUUCCAUUAAAAUUCUGUUACCUCUAAAUAUGCUUGUUCUUCAAACAGCUAAGGUUCAUAUUAAAUCCUGAUAACUUUUACCUUAAGAGAACUUAAUGUGGUCAUUUAUAAUUCCUGGUUUUGAGAAUAAAAUCCAAGUUCUAAUUUGAGCAUUUUCACUAAUCUUUUGUAUUCUAGCAGAUCCUCUUGGUAUUAUGACCCUGCUUUGUAGAUAGGAAAAUACAAGUUAAAUUCUACUAGAAUGUUUUGAUCUAAAUCACUAAAAUUUGACAAGUGCUUCAAGAUCUUUCAAUGGCAAUUGCUAAACAAUGUGAAAUAUGUAACUGCAAAACAAGUGGGCAGAAUCUUCCUGUUCUCUAGAGACUCUUCACUCACUGUCCAAGUAAUAAAAUUCAGGCUGUUCAUCACAUACAA